AUGGAAUCAGAAUUAGAAAAAAGAUUAAAAAGCAUAAAUCUAGACGAAAAAAUAAUAAAUGAUGUUUUAAAGAACAAACAAUUGACCCAAUCAUUGACUAAAACUCUUGACUGUGCCUAAAUAAAUGAAUGUGAUAAGAAAAAAGGUAAUAUGUUAUACUCUUUAGCUACAAAAAUAGAUUUAGAGAAAGUAUGCGGAAUCGGGAUUUCUUUAAGCGAAGAAUAGAUUUCUUAAAAAAUCCGUGAAUUUUUAACUACAAAAAAAGCUGAAUUAGACACUUUAAGAUAUUGUACUAGUAUUUCUGAAUAUAUGAAAAACUUGAGAGAAAUUCUUCCUUUUGCAGAUGCCAAGGAAGAAUCCCAAAAACAUAAAAAAACAGCCCAAAAUAAUAAUAAUAACGAAGAAAAUAAUACCGAGAAUAAUGGAUAAUUUUAAGAAGAACCUAGGAAAAAAAUAACUGAUUUAAUCGGCAGAGACCUAGCUGCAGCUUAAAAUACCCCUGAAUUAUUAUAAUUGAGGGAAAAAACAUUCGGUAAUGUAAUAUUAACAAGAUUUCCUCCAGAACCGAAUGGUUAUUUACAUAUAGGACAUGCUAAAUCUAUCCGUUUUAACUUCACAGUAGCUUCAGAUUAUAAAGGAAAAUGCUAUUUAAGGUUUGAUGAUACUAAUCCAGAAAAAGAAAAUAUGGAAUAUAUAAAUUCUAUAAAAGAUAAUGUAAAAUGGCUCGGAUAUGAACCUUGGAAAGUGACUUAUUCAUCUGAUAAUUUUGAUAUAUUAUAUCAAUAUGCAGUCAAACUUAUCAAAAAAGGAUUAGCUUAUGUCUGUCAUUAAAAUAUUGAAGAUGGAAGAAAAUAUAGAGAUGAAGGCUUACCUUCACCUUAUAGAGAUCGCCCUAUAGAAUAAAAUUUGAAAGUUUUUGAAGAAAUGAGACUUGGUUUAUGGGAUGAAGGAUCGGCUGUUUUAAGAGCUAAAAUAGACUAUAAAAGCCCUAAUACUACUUUAAGAGAUCCUGCUAUAUAUAGAAUUAGAUAUGUAAGUCAUCCACAUGCAGGCAAUAAAUGGUGUAUUUAUCCACUUUAUGAUUAUACUCAUCCUAUUUGUGAUUCUUUAGAAGGUAUUACUCAUUCACUAUGUACUUUAGAAUUUGAAAUUAGAAGAGAAUUAUAUUAUUGGUAUUUAAAAAGUUUAUAAAUAUAUAGACCUUAUGUAUGGGAGUUUUCAAGAUUAAAUGUAUCAAGUACUGUACUUUCUAAAAGAAAACUAUAAACUCUUGUUUUCGAUAAACAUGUAAAUGGAUGGGACGAUCCUCGUUUAUUAACUAUUUAAGGAAUGCGUAGAAGAGGAUAUACUCCAGCUGGUAUUAAUGAUUUUUGUGAGCUAGUUUCUGUCACAAGAAGUGGUAAUGAGAAUAUCAUAUAAUUCUAGUUAUUAGAACAUUGUAUCAGGAAAGAUUUAGAUAAUGUGGCUAAAAGAACUUUGGCUGUAGUUGAUCCUGUAUUGGUUAAAAUAGUCAAUUUAGACGAUAACUUUUCCCUAGAAAUAGAUGCUCCAGAUUUCCCGAAAUAUCUGGAAAGAGGAAGCCAUAAAAUUACACUAUUUAAUUAAGUAUGGGUAGAAAGGGAAGAUACAUUGAUGAAAGAUCAUAAGGAUUUCUUCGGCUUUGCCAAAGGCAAGAUAGUUGGACUUAAAUAUGCAGGAGUUUUUAAGUGUUUGGAUGUCAAGGCUGAUUAAAAUGGAGUUGUUUAGGAAGUUUUGAUUGAGUUUAUUAAGGAAAAUGCACCAAAACCGAAAACUUAUGUUAAUUGGGUUAGUGUAAAGGAAAGUCUGGAUUGUUAAGUUAGACUCUAUGAAUGCUUAUUUAAUGAAGAUCCAACUGAAAGUAAAAAAGAUUUAAUUACUAUUAUCAAUAAAAAUUCGCUUGUGGUUAAAAAAAAUGCUAAAAUGAAUAAAAGAUUAGUAGGAUUAUUAAAUCAUUUAGAUAGAUUUUAAUUUGAAAGAUAAGGAUUCUUUACAGUAGAUUUUGAUUCUGAUUUAGGUAAAUAAUAAUAUGUUUGGAAUAAAACAGUAGGAUUAUCUGAUACUGGAAGAUAAAAAGCAAUGGCAAGAGUAAAUUAAGAUAAUUGAUAAAAAAUU